AAGAAAAUGAGCUACGCCUCAGAUCACCUAGCAUGGAAGCAGAGAGUCCAGAAAGAAAGAAUGACCAGUCUUUCAGACAAGACUAAAUUAAUAAAUAUCUUCAGGGCUUCUGAAGCUGGAGCUGGGUUUUCAACCCAUAAUGGUCGGGUAAAACCAGCUGGCUUCGGAGGAAGUGGGUUUAACAGUACACUUAAGUGCAUUGUCAAACAAGGUCAAGAUGGUAAUGGCCCAAGAUAUGAGUCUGCAAGUAUUGACGAGUAUGGAAGGAUAAUCCCAGACUCCACAUAUCAUACAACCAAUGAAGUAAACAGCAGUCCAAUUGUAAAAAGAUCCGUAUCAUUAAUGAAGCUCAGAAGCUCUGCUAUGAGCCCUGGUAGGGGGAACGUAAAUAAGCUAAUGUCAAAAAUCGACCACCAAGGCCUGUACUCCAGUCCUCGAUUCCCCAAGGCAAAGCCGUUCUUCGACCAAGCUUAUGCUCCUAAGAGCACCAUAAACUCUCCUUCCCAAUCUAGAAACAAGUCUGGAAGACUCAGGCACCCCAAGCAGCCUACUGAGGAGGGCAAAUCGAUUACUGAGCUACCACCUCUCAAGAAGAAGAGGUUCAACGAAGAAAUCCCAGAUGAAGCAUCCUUUAAGUCUAAGACAAAGCUUAAAAGCAAAAAGAAGUUUGACCAAAGAAGAGCAGCUACUAAGGCUCAACUGGAAACUUUGAAGCAACUAAAGAAGGGUCUAUACACUGGAAAUGGGAAUAAUGCCAAUGUCGGCCAUAAUCCAGCUGCUAAAAUGAGAGCACAAGAGAAAACAAAGACCGAGGCUCUCCUUCCAAAUCCUUCAAAGGAAGCAUCAAGCAAUACCCAAAAUAUAUCAAAGAAACUUUUGCUCAAGUCUAUUGAACUAAUGGACGAGAAGGAAAUGGGUCUCCUACAGUCUGCUCUCAACAAUGUACAUGAAAACACUGUUGGAGGAGAACUCAGUAGAGAAAAUCUUAAUACACUUAACCAGAUAGAUGAUCAGCCUGGCGACUACUCCGAAGAAGAAACACUAAACGAAAGUGAGCUGGUCGAUAAUGUUGAAGAGUUGCCCCCACUAGCAGAUAAACUUAAGUCAGAGUACUCAAAAUGUUCUUCCAAAUACGCUUCAGAACUCAAGUCUCAGAUUGAGGAGGAGAGGAGUGAGAGAGUCAGGAUCCAGCAGGAGAUUGAUCAACUCAAAGGUACAUUAGAUCAGAUUCAAAAUGGAGAUAAUUAAUUAGUUUGUCCAAUUAAUCCA